AUGUCCGCCCCCAGUAUAACCCUCUACAUAGACACCGUCAGCCCCUUCGGGUAUAUCGCCUUCCACGUCCUCCGAAACUCCCCUAUCUUCGCCAACUGCAAGAUAACCUACAUCCCCAUCUUCCUGGGUGGUCUGAUGCACGCCUGCGGAAACACUCCACCCGUGGAGAUCAAGAAUAAAUCCGCCUGGAUCAACCGCGAACGCACGCGCUGGGCGACCUACUUCUCAGUGCCGAUCAUCCCGACCCCACCCCCGGGCUUCCCGCCGCGCACGCUGCACACGCAACGGGCGCUGGCCGCCGUCGCGCAGCUCGCCCCGACGCAGUACGAGGCCGUGCAGGAGGCGUUCUACCGAACGUUCUGGGUGGAGGGGGACGGGCGGAUCGCGGAGCCGGGGUGUUUCGUGCCGGUUUUGGAGCGGGUGUUGGGGGCGGAGGUGGCGGGGCGGGUGGUUGAGGCUAUGCAAACGCCCGCGAUCAAAGCGCAGCUCACCGCCAACACGGACCGGGCCUUCCAGGCCGGGGCGUUCGGGGUGCCCUGGUUCGAGUGCACGAAUGCGCAGGGCGAGACGGAGGGGUUCUUCGGGGUGGAUCAUCUGGGCCAGGUGGCGGAGUUCUUGGGGCUGGAUCGGCGGGGGGAGUCGGGGAUGCGGGCUUUGCUGUAGCGUAGCGUAGCGUCGCGUCGCCGUAGCUUUUCGAACAGAACGGCUUGAGGCUUGUGAGUAACUAUGGGAAGUAAAAGCGGGGGGGGGUCGAUAUUCAUCACAAUCCCAUUGAUCUGUACACAACACACAGCAAAGGGAAAAGAAAACAGGCUUAAGCGCGAUCAAUCAAUUCCUUUCUUGAAUGCAAACCAAUGAACAACACACGGCUACUGCCUCGGCGGCGGCUGCUCCUUACGGUGGUACUUC